AUGGAAAAUUCUACAUUAUUUUUAGAAAAAGCUAGUGAUGGGCUUCCAAGGUUUGAUCCAAAUGGUGUUAAAUAUGCUCCAAUAUUACCAAUAAGGAAUGAUGUAUUGGGGAAAGUUAAAGAUUAUAAGGCUUUUUUAGGAAAUUUUGAUAUUUCUCAACAUUAUGGGAUUUUAAUAAAUAUUUAUUGGAUUAUUAUAUUAAUAUGGUUUGGUGUUUGGAAUAGGUUGAAAUUAAAUUCAAUAAAUAAUAAAAUCAUUGGUGAAUCAGUGAAUUUCAUUAGGUCUCAUAUCAGUCUAAAUAUGCUUUUCCAAAGACAUUUCCAACCAUUCCAAUUAGGUUAUGGAUUCACUUCAUUAUUACCAUCAGGUCCAGAAUCCCUAGUUCUUGGUGUUUAUUUUGCUCUCAAUACCAUUUUCCUAAUCAUUGGUUAUGAUAUCUAUACGGAUAAUUCAAUUUUUGGUCCAAAUACUUUAGCACAAUUUGUUCGUUACAUUUCUGAUAGAUCUGGUGUACUAUCAUUUGCUCAUAUCCCACUAGUCAUUGUUUUCGCUGGUAGAAACAACAUAUUGAUCAAUUUGAGUAAAUUACCAUAUAGUUCAUUUAUGAUUUUCCAUAAAUGGACUGCAAGAGUAAUGUUUAUUGAUGCUUUUAUUCAUAGUAUUGGAUAUUUGGAAAUCAUAUUGGAGAGUAAAUCAUUAGAUGAUUUCAAAACAAAGAGAUAUUUACAAUGGGGAACUGCAGCUACUCUAAUAGGUGGUGUUAUCCUAGUACAAGCUAUUCAUAAUCUUAGAGUUUAUCACUAUGAAUGUUUUUUAUUACUACAUAUUAUAUUCGGCGCGGGGUUUUUAGCAACAUGUUGGAAACAUGUUGAAACUUUUGGUUGGUAUGACUGGAUACUGAGUGCAUGUGUACUAUGGGCAAGUGAUCGAAUAAUGAGAAUUUUCAAAUUAUGGAAAUUUGGUUGUCCCAAGGCUAAAUUACAAUUUAUAUCUGAUGAAACUUUUAAAGUUUGUGUUAAAAGACCAUAUAAUUGGAAACCAUUCCCUGGAUGUUUUGUUUAUAUUCAUUUUAUAACAUGGUCAACUUUUUGGCAAUCACAUCCAUUCACUAUAGUGGAUUCAAUAUUGGAGGAUGAAAUGGUUACAAUUUAUAUAAAGGCCAAGGAUGGGCUGACUAAAAAAAUACUGGAGAAAAUUGGAACUGAACCAUAUGAGAUGAGAGUUUCAUUAGAAGGUCCAUAUGGUAAUAAAUCACCAUUGGAAUCAUAUCAAAAUGCAAUGUUAAUUGCCGGUGGGAAUGGUAUUCCAGGUCCAUAUUAUCAUGCUAUUGAAUUGGCAAGAAAACCAUUAUUAUUAAAACAGAGAAUAAAAUUGAUUUGGAUUAUAAGGAAAAUUGAAUCAUUACAAUGGUUUGAACAAGAAUUGAUGAAAUUAUCAAAUUUAAACAUUGAAUGUGAUAUUUACAUUACCAGAAAUUUCAAUCCUGAAUUGGUUGAAUUAAUACCAUUAACAAAACAAUUUUCACCAUUUGUUAGGUUGUUCUCUGGAAGGGCAAAUACAACUAAAGUUUUACAAGAUGAAUUUUUGAAUGCUCAAGGUUCAAUCGGAAUAGUUACAUGUGGACCUUCAAUAAUGUGUGAUGAUAUUAGAUCAUUUGUGAGUGGGAAUUUAAAUUCAUGCCCAUAUAGAGUGGAUUUAUUUGAAGAAUUACAAGUGUGGUGA